AUGGCGGCGCUUGCGGUGGUGGUUGGCGGCAGCGUGAGCUUCUUCUCCGAGCCGCCCCGCACCAACCACAGCCGCCGACCACCUGCGCGCAGCGCUCAACCUCCCACGGGCCGCAGCAACCACAGCCGCCAGCCCACCUCGCCCCGCGCCCAGCUGCCUGGCCCGCCGCCCGCCUCUGGCCCCGAACCGCGCCAGCAGCACGCCCGACCGCCGGCCAAGGGCCUCGCCCUCGUUUUUCUCCAACCGCCCCGCGCUUCCUUCUCCGCUCGACCGGGCCGCCUCCCCGCAGCGCCACCCUCCGCCGCUUGCCACGCUCGCCUCCUGGCCCUGCAGCGGCCCGCGCCCAACCUCUGCAUCCUCGCUGCAUGCUCACUGGCCGCCGCGCCGCAGCUUCCGCACACGCCAGCGCGGCCCCAGCUCCCAGCUUCGCUCGCCUGCGCCGCCAAGCCGCUUGCUGCGCGCCCGCCCAAGCGCCGCCAAGCCACCACCCAAGCGCCUCCGCUCCCCUCGCCACCAGGCCGCGCGCCUUCCUCGGCCCUGCCCCGCACCUCGCUGCUCGAUGCCCAACACACCACGCACGCGCUGCUACAGCACCACGCCGCCGCUCCCUGCCCAACACGCGCUGCUGCAGCACCACGGCCGCGCGCGCCCACCCGCCAAGCAAGCUCCAUCGCCAGCUUCGCUCGAUUGCCCGGGCGCACGCAUCAGCUUAUUUUCCCAGCUAGUCAAUUCCCAAGCUCCCUCCGCAUGCGCGCUUCCUCCACUUGA